GCGGUCGCACCAAACAAGCAACGACAAAAUCUCAAGUCCCAAAUUCCCUUUUUUUCAAUCGCGACCGACUAACCGUGCAGCGCGACGGAGCCACCAUUUUGCUUAGCAUUCCAUUACCGUCCACUGUCAAACUGUCAACCACAACCAGGACAGCAACGACAAUAAAAAAUAAAAAGUUGCCUGGACUAACGGGAAAAAAUGGCCUCGCCAGCCAUAGCAUUUCCAAAUGGCGUUUCUACGCCCGUGCAACACGCCAACAGCAACGCCAAUUCCAAUGCCACCUCUAAUUCUCCUAACGCUAACACCAUGAUCGACGCCGACAUCGAUACCGCGCAAAACAUGUCCGGUACCUCCAUCAAGCGCAAACGCGAAUCAACCGACGCCAGCGAGAAACCCCCGAAUGGCCUCAACCUCAGCCGCAUAAGUCCUCUUCCAACCGACACCGUUCCUUCUCCCUCCAGCGCGACUAAGGUCGAUCAACCCACGAUACGUAACUAUUAUGAGGUCCUUCAAAGCAUCGACCCCAUGCCUUCUGUUCUCAAACGCCCCCUUCCCGACCCCGAAGAUUCAUCCAAUGAGCCUCAAGCGAAACGGAAGAAGCCUGACGAUGGGAACCCGUCACCUUCCAUCGCCGACAAAGUGGCCCGGGAGCAGUAUGGCGACGUUGAUAGUAUCAUCGUCGACAUCAAGGCGUCCAUCACCGACAACCUGCAAGAAUUGCGACAGGUUGAGCCCGGAAAGGAUAGUAAGGCGAACGAUGAAGCUAUUGCUAAGAUCAUCGAUUUUAAGCGACAGGCUUAUGGGCUAUUCAAGAGAGAAAUAGCAUAUCCAGACAAUACUCGUGCUUCCGGCGUUUUGGAGGAACUCAACUCGAUUAGUGAUCUACAAUCCAACGCUAGUGGAAACAUGAUAUUGGUGGUGAAUGGCGAGCAAAUGAGAGGAAAGCCGUUGUACUCGAGCCUGCAGCAUUCUAUCCCUACUCGCGACGGCACGGAGACUGAUAUACCUCUUCGGCCUCUGAGAGAAAGCGGAUUGCCUAACGGUAUCAAGACGGGCAGGGCGAUACCGUAUUCCUUCUCUUCACCUAUCGAAAAGGAUAAGAAGGCCAAGACUCUCGGAGAGCUCUUCCCGGCUCCGCGCAACUUACCGUCGCUACAGCCGCCUAAGGCACCGAAGAGCACUAUUAAGGGCGUGCAAGUCGGAUGGCACCAUCCUGAGUUGACCGAGAAGUCUAAGUACCGAGCUGGGUCAUACUUCAGCCAGAAUAUUACCACCGGGCGCUGGCUGGACUACAGCAACGCGGCACCCCCGUCACAAAUCAUGACUAAACAGCGCGAGCGGGCUCUAAGCCUUGCCGGAAAUAAACCGUCUUCAUCCGACCUUGAGAUGUCCGAGAUGGAAUCGCUUUUCCGCGGCGCAUUCAGUAGUUUUGCUCCCUCCAAGGACGACUCUGCCGCCAUGAUAUCGUCGGGCAUGAUUAGCCAAACCAUGUGGUGGCAGAAGGUGGGACAACGUAGCUUCGAUCGCCUAGUCGAGACCGAGUUAUUAGGAGAUGCUGCCGAGGAAACAGACAAGACUGAUACUGUCCCCGUUGAAGAGGUAGAUGAGACGCUGAUCAAGGAAGUACUAGACAAUUGGGAUGAGACUAUGGUAGAUCCCAGUCUAGAGCAAGUCUGUUGUCCGAAGAAACCCCAAGAGGAGAUGGACGUGGAUGACAUCCUUCAGGAGGUAUCCGACAUGAUCCAGACGCUAGUGUCUUAUCAGAAGAAUCGCAACUUGACCCUGCCGUCCGCGUCUAGCCAGAGCCGAUACGCGGCGGAUCCGGCCCAUAGCGAUAUGCUUACGAACGGAACGCCGGUGCAGCCCGGAGAGGAAGAGCUAGCCACAUACCAGGCUCUCAAAGCGCAGUUGGCUCUUGUUAUUCAAUCGCUGCCACCCUACGCAGUCGCGCGUCUCAACUCCGACAAGUUGGACGAGCUAAACAUAUCAACCAAGAUUGAAGUGCGAACUGAUGAGUACCAAGGGUUGAUGGAAGAAGAUGAGGCAGCUGCUCGCGCUAGAGCCGCGCAAGCUGCCACGGCGACCCCUCGGCCGGUCACGCAUCGGGCGUCAAGUUCAUCGAGUAACAUGCAGUAUGGUCAACAGUACCAUGCCAAUCGUGCGCCAAUGCCUAAUGCGCAGUAUUAUGGUGCGCAGACUCCGGUACGGGCUACUCAACCUACGAUGCGAGGUCCCCCACAGACGAUGCCCCCAGCGGCUUAUCCUCCGCGACCACCGUCCAACACGGGUUAUCGACCUCCGAACCAGUAUCCCGGUACAGGUUAUUCCACACAAUUCAACAAACCGCCUGCUCCAUAUUCGCAGCCCGGUUCAUACGCAAACACCCCCACACAAGUCCGGCCUCCGUACCAACCAAUGCCGGGCUACCCUAACAUGGGUAAUCAAACGCCCCAAGCACGUUUCCCGCCCUACACACCAGCCACCCAACCGGCGCCUAAUUACCAUCAUUCUCAACCCUUCCAGGUGCAACAACCUCAUCAACUCCAGGGCACCCCGUCGCACCAGCAAUACAGCCAAUACACAAACGGCACUGCACCCAUUCCGCAGAGGACGGCAUCUCCGCACGUCUCCCACCAAACGCCGCAAACUCACCAUCAACCCCUCUCCCACCAUCCAGGAUACAAUCCGACUGGCACCCCUGUGAGACAAGCAUCCUAUGGCGGUCAACCAAACAUUAACAAUGACCCGUCACGGCGCUUCUACCCGAAUGCCGGUUCGCCUGCCAUGCCAAACAACCAAAUUAACCAGCACAAUCAGCAGAGUCAGAACUCGCAAACCCCCGGCACCUCCUCGUUCCAUACAUCUCUCCAGCCGCAUCAAGUCCAGCAGGCGAUGGAUCAAGCUAAAGCUCGGUUCGACGCAACUAAGAGCGCGCAGAGGACGAAUGAGGGUAUCAGGAACUCGAUGUCUGGUCAAGGGCAAGGACAAGUCGGUGCGCCGGUUGGUCUCGGUGGCAUCGGCCUAGGGGGGGAUCCGGCGAGGCUCGCAGCUGCCCGAGCCGGCAUGCCUAAUUAUCCCGCAACCAGCCAGAGCCCAAAGCCGCAGCUUAACUCGCCUAGGGUUAUGGGCGCGCCAUCUGCGAUCAACGGAACCCCCACGUCAGUGCCGACAUCUAAUGGUGGUUCAUCAGCUCCUAGCAGGGAAGCCUAGAGGCCUUCCAUGUUACUUGAAUCCAGCCAUUCCGAUGAAGAACAUCCGCGCAAGAGGGUCAAAACAACUCAGGUGUCAAACGAGUCCAAGUCAUUCACUGUUGACGAGGUACCCAGUGUAAUGAUAGACCCAGCCUUGCUAAUGUGGGAUGCGGAACAGGAUGCUCGCCGAAUGUAUGCCGAAGCAAUGCAGAAUGCAAAUCAGAAAUUCUGACGGUAAGGCUUCUGGCGGCCAGGGAAAGUUACUAUGAAGCCA